UAAAGUAAAGUAAAAUUGAAGUCAAACCCACAGCAGUCCACUCGGCCACAGCUAAGCCCUACCGCCGACCACCGGCCGCCCUCUCCCUCUUCCCCUUCAGAAGGCUCGAUGACUACGUCGGAGCCCACUUCGUCCUACAAACCUUACACCCUCUCUCAAACGCUCACCGGCCACAAGCGCGCUCUCUCCGCCGUCAAGUUCUCCCCGGACGGCCGCCUCCUCGCUUCCUCCUCUGCCGACGCCACCAUCCUCACCUACUCCACCUCUUCCCUCUCAUGCCCCUCCCCCGCCCCUCUCCACCGCCUUUCUGGCCACGAGAACGGCAUCUCCGACAUCGCCUUCUCCUCCGACGGGCACCUCCUCGCCUCCGCCUCCGACGACAAGACGCUCCGCAUCUGGGACCUCCUCACCGCCUCCCCUCUGUCCACCCUCCGUGGCCAUACCAAUUAUGCCUUCUGCCUCAACUUCAACCCCCACUCCAACCUCCUCGUCUCCGGCUCCUUCGACGAGACCGUCCGCGUCUGGGAUGUCAAGUCGGGCAAGUGCCUCAGGGUGCUGCCGGCCCACUCCGACCCUGUCACGGCCGUCGAUUUCAACCGGGACGGGACCAUGAUCGUGUCGAGCAGCUACGAUGGGCUCUGCAGGAUCUGGGACGCGUCCACUGGUCACUGUAUGAAGACCCUCAUAGAUGAUGAGAACCCUCCUGUGUCCUUCGUCAAGUUCUCCCCCAAUGGGAAGUUCAUUCUUGUUGGCACCCUUGACAACACUUUGCGAUUAUGGAACUUUUCGACUGGAAAAUUCCUGAAGACAUACACAGGUCACGUGAACUCAAAGUACUGCAUCUCAGCGGGGUUCUCCAUAACCAAUGGGCAGUACAUUGUCAGCGGGUCCGAGGAUAACUGCGUAUACUUGUGGGAGCUCCAGAGUCGGAAAAUAGUUCAGAAAUUGCAAGGCCACACCGAUGGUGUGAUCUCAGUGGCAUGCCACCCCACCGAGAACAUGAUCGCCUCUGGGUCUCUGGGAAAUGAUAAGAGUGUGAAGAUAUGGAGGCAGGAGAAGGAUUGAAGGAUUCCUUUGCCCAGCAACAAGAGAGCGAAUGAAUAAGAGGAGACAGUUUCGAUGGAACCGUAUGUUGGCUUUAUAACCCUCUCUUUUCUUUGAUGUUUGUUGGAUGCUGUUAUUGAAGGCCGAGAGCAGCUACAUUCUUGUUUAUCUGGAUACUAAUUGGUUGGUUUUAGCUUGUCGGUCAGGCCGCUCCCGUAGUUUGAAUCACAAUGACAGAGUUUAGUUUCCAUGUUCAUGACUUGGGUGUACUAGUCCACUAUGUAAAUGCUAGGCGUGGUUCCACUUUCUUGUACUAUCUGGAUGUAUUAAAGACUUUGGUCUUGCAAUUGAAUCCUAAUUCAGAUGAAUGGCCUAUACGACAGUUUUGGAAUACA